AUGAUCACAAAUUCAUCUCCAAAUUCUGGUCUUCAAUAUGACGUCGAAGAGAAUAUUUCUCACCUGAUGACGUUGGCCAGACUAGCUCUGGAAAAGGGCGAUUUCGAACGUGCAACUGCUAUUUUGGAAAUGGGAUUGAAAGUAUGUGAAGAAUACGAAUCUUAUGUAUCACUGCCUUACAUAUACGACAUAUUAGCGUCCAUUUCAUUCGCUUUAGGCAAUAUGAACAAAGCAGAACAUAUUUUAGUUAGCGCUAUUGAAAAAUUAGUUCAAAUUGGAACUCCAGAUGAUGAUACACAAAUGGUAGACUUCCAGUUGCGUCUAGCAAGAAUCUAUAGCGCAUACGACGAAACCGUUCUGGCUGAAAUUGGGUUUAGGGAUUGCCUCAAUAAACAAAAAAACAAAAUCUUGGAUGGAGACACUUCAACAAAAACAGGCAUGCUUUAUGUAAACGUCCUUUUUUGGUAUGGCUUACACAAAAUCAGGAGUUCUGAACAUCUUACUGCCAAAGAUCUUAUUACAUCUGCCUAUGAUUAUUCACUAAAAAUCAAAGGUUUAAGUCCCUAUCAGGAAAUGGUUAUUUUAUAUACAUUGGCUGACUUACACAUGCAAUUGGGGGAAAGUAAUAUUGCCUUGCAGAAUAUGAAAAGUGCCAUUUUAUUAGGCAAAGGUAUUGGUAGUACUGAUAUGCCUCGCUGUUACUUAAAAUUGGCAAAAAUUUACAUAAAUUUGGGUGCAUGGAUAAACGCUCGUGAUUCCUGUAAAGAAGCAAUUAAACUAGCUGGACUAUUUCAUGACAGUAUGGUGAAAAGUGAAGCAGAAUAUCUAUUAAAUACUAUCAAUGAUGAGCUUGCGUAG